CGCGGUGAUCUUCACGAGUCUGCCUGUCGGUCUGGACAUUCAGUCAUAGCCGUCUUCAGAAAUCAUGCCUGACUCUGACUCUUGUGCAGAUAUGGGUGGAUGGUGUUCCUUUUUUGACUGCAUCCGAUCUGUAUGUACUCCGUACAGACACAGUACGUUGCGUUAGUAUCCACCAUACAUAGAAUUUCUCUUCCCUCCUUGAACGUGAUUUUUAUUUUUAUUUUUUUCCUCUCAGACCAGAGAUCAUACCACUUUGUCCUCGUAAGAAAAGAAGAAAAAAAUAUAGAAAAUAAAAAUAAAAUAGAAAAUAAAAAAUCCCAUAGUGGCAGCGGACCUUUUUCAGAAGAGCCCAAGAAAGAGACCGGCCCAACCGCCUGUCCGGCCAAUCAGCACAGGCCUACCCACAGCCUUUGGUUUUGCCCCCUCUCACUCUCUUCUUAUCUGCUUUUCCCCCGGUCUCUCUCUCCCUCCUCUCUCUCUUUUCCUUUCUCUUUCUUCUCUUCUAUAUUACUCUUUUUCUCCAUCAUCUCUCCCGCAUCUUUUCGUCUUCUUCACUUAUCCCCUAUUUAUUCUCUUGUUUGCGUUCUAUUCGCAGAAGAAUAUUAUCCGUGUGUACGAGUGUGAAAGUGCUGGAGAAUAAGAACAGUUUUCAUCCGAAAAUAGGAACAGUUCUACCCAUACGAUCUAGGAUCUUUCCCUCGUUCUCUCGCUCCUAAGAUCCUUCAUCGUUUCUUUGCUCGCCCUGAGCCGUCGAUCGUGAUUUCAAUUGAUUGAUUCCUUGGACAACCCGCUGUUCACCGUCUGUGCGGCCCAUACUGGCAGAUUUUUCUGUUGCUAGGAAAUACCACCCGGAAAAGGACACUUGCUCUGGACCCUUGCUAUACCACCGUGGACAACACCCUCCCGAGGACUAUUCUAUUGCUGGUCGGAGAUAAGUUUUCUGCAUUUUGUGCUUGUUUCGAGGACCAGAAAAGGAGAACAA